GCCGAGCACUGCGCACCUGGCGCAGCCCGAGCUUCUGCUGCUGGCGAUCGGCGCGCUCGGCUGGACGGUGCUGCGCUCGGCCGCCCCAGCGCGCCUCUUUCGGCCCCUGGCCCAGCGGUGCCGCCUCCAGCCCAGAGAUGCCGCCAAGAUGCCCGAGAGCGCCUGGAAGUUCCUCUUCUCCCUGGGCGCCUGGAGCUACAGCGCUUACCUGCUGCUCGGCACCGACUACCCCUUCUUCCAUGACCCGCCCUCCGUCUUCUAUGACUGGACGCCCGGCAUGGCAGUGCCGCGGGACAUCGCGGCCGCUUACCUGCUGCAGGGCAGCUUCUAUGGCCACGCCAUCUACGCCACGCUCUACAUGGACGCCUGGCGCCGCGACUCAGUCGUCAUGCUCCUGCACCACGUCGUCACUCUCGUCCUCCUGGUCUCCUCCUACGCCUGCCGGUACCACAACGUGGGGGUCCUCGUGCUGUUCCUGCACGACAUCAGUGACGUGUUGCUCGAGUUCACCAAGCUCAACAUCUACUUCAAGCUGCGCGGCGGCUCCUACCACAGGCUGCACGGCCUGGCUGCCGCCAUGGGCUGCGUCAGCUUCAGCAUCAGCUGGUUCUGGUUCCGGCUCUACUGGUUCCCGCUGAAGGCCCUCUACGCCACCAGCCACUGCAGCCUGCGCGCCCGGCCCGACAUCCCCUUCUACUUCUUCUUCAACGCGCUGCUGCUGGCGCUCGCCGCCAUGAACCUCUACUGGUUCCUGUACAUCGUGGCCUUCGCCGCCAAGAUGCUGACCGGCCAGAUGCGGGAGCUGAGUGACCUGCGCGAGUACGACGUGGCUGAGCCCCCCGGCCCUGCACCCGGCAAAGCGGAGGAGCCGCUGCGGAACGGGCUCGUCAAGGAGAAGCGCCUCUGAGCCCCGCCCCCUCACCGGCCCCGCCCAGACCCGCCCCUAGCCCUAGCCCCGCCCCCGCCUCAGCCCGGGCCCCCGCCCCCCAGCCCGACAGGUC